AUGCAGCUCUGCGUCGGUGUGUUUGUCGCGACACUUGCACUGCUGCUGGCGGCGACAAGCACGGCUGAUGCUGCUUCGCCGAGCUUGAGGCACCAAGCUCGCACCGUCAAUGCCACUGUUCUCAACGCCUGUAAAUCACUAACAGCCAAUAGCUCCUCGGCGACAGAAACCAAUUACUUUGGUUCAUCGGCCUUCCUCGACAAUUCGCUCCGUUAUAUGUCCAGUACUGUCCAGACGCCCGCCUGCGUCUAUGUCCCGACGACACCCGAGGAUUUGUCCAAAGCCAUCAAGAUUAUCGGAUCACAGCGGCUGAGCUUUGCCGUAUCAAGCGGUAAGCACGCCUCCAACAAGGGCUUCUCGUCGACAACAGGCAUCCAGAUCAGCAUGAAGGGCUUCCAGCACGUCAACCUCUCCGCAGACAAGUCCUACGUCGAUAUUGGCUCAGGAAACAUCUGGGACAAUGUCUACGCGGCGCUUCAGGGAACCGGCGUCAACAUCGUCGGAGGAAGGGUGACUGGCGUCGGCGUUGGAGGUUUCAUAUCCGGCGGUGGCGGCUUCAGCUGGAAGACAAAUCAGUACGGGCUCACCAUUGACACGCUCCUUCAGGCCGACAUGGUCAUGCCCGAUGGCUCACUGAAGAGUGUCACGGAACAGUCGGACCCAGAUCUCUUCUGGGCUCUCAAAGGCGGCGGAAACCGAUUCGGCAUCGUCUACAACUGGAGGCUCAAGACGAACCCGCAGACGGACCUUGUCUACGGUGGUCUCCGGACUUACACAUUUGACCAGAUCGAUAGCGUCGUCAAGGCUGUGUCGAACUUUGCCGUCAACAACAAGGACCCGAAAGCCCAGGUUCUCCCCACCUUUAACUUCGUUCUCGGUCAGCCUGGUGUCUCGCUUCUGGCCUUCUAUGACGGCCCCAGCGCGCCGGCAGGCGUCUUUGAUGGCUUUGACACUUCCAAGGGCGGCCCAAAGCCUUUCACGGACGCUUGGAAGGCGCAGAGCUUCGGCGAUCUUGUCCGGGCCACGCCUUCCAAUGCGACGCAGUACACUCGGGGCCAAUUCAUGUCCGUCACGUUCCAGAACUUCAGUCAGAGCAUCAUCGAACAGUGCGUCAACCAGACCAAGGUCAUUGGCGCCCAGUCGUUCCUCCACGGCGGCUCCUUUGUGUCGUACGACGUCGAGCCAUUCCUGAUGACAUACUCGGACAACACAAACAAGGGAGGCGCGUGGCCUCACAGCAACAGCCCGCUUCCGCUUAACAUCUACUUUGCUUGGAAUGGCGAGCUCAACGACGACUUCUGGAACGAACAGAUCAGAGAGACGGCCAAGCUCCUGCGCGCCCAGGCCGUCGCAGAAGGACAGAAUCUCGAUGGUCUCUACCUCUACCCCAACUACGCAGUCGUCGAUACGCCGGCAAGCGAACUUUAUGGUUCCGAAAACGCCGCCAGACUUCAGACACUCCGCCAGCGCUACGAUCCGCAGGACGUCAUGGGCCUCACCACAUUCUUUUCCUUUGUCUGA